AAUCACCGCUGUCACCGUAAACAUGUGGAUUAUCUUCGAUAACAUGAACAUGAAAGUAGCGCCAUGCGGAGGAGAUGUUAUCUGUUUAAGAGCAACUUUCAUGAUCUCCUGCGUGUUUUCGAAAGGAGGCGUGAAGGCAGCAGGACAGCGUGGUGAAAGUAGGCAAACAUAGCCAGCAGCUACCAAAACUAAAGGAGCUCACCAGAGUAACCGCACCGUGAGGAGAACAGGUUUCAUCACAGUCAGACCCAGAGAGAGUCACAGCUGUGAGUCCAUCCAUGAGACGCCUCCAGGUCUCAUCCAUCAGCAUCCGUCCAGACUCCAUCAGAGGAUACAUGCAGCCCAUCACAGACAUCCCAGUCUGGAGCUGUUAUGCCUCAAACCCGAAGUGGCGGCUUCUGCUGUUCGCGCCCGUGACGAUUCCGCUGACGCGCCACUAGCCACACCACCCAGGAGACGAGAGAGGAGAGCUGAACGAGCAGGGGACUGACUGAAAACCCGUCUCUCUUUCGCUUUCUUUUCCCUGACGAGCGUGGACGGAAGCCUGCUGUUGUUGUGCAAGUGUAAUAUUUAACGAGCGACAGCAAAUUCACCAGUAGCAUCACCCAGGCUGUUCUGCAGAGAUGGAGGUACCAGGCUUGGCGCACAACAUCACCAGUCCAUUAAGUCCCUGCGAGGGGAUGAUCAAGGACCUGAGCUUGGACGCCAUACAGUUAUGCGAGCGAGAUGGUAAAUCCCAGGAUGGCAGCCUCUCUGAGAUGGAGGAGCUCCCUGUUCCUCAGAACAUCAAGAUCAGCAACAUCACCUGCGACUCCUUCAAGAUCUGCUGGGACAUGGAGCCACGCAGCAAGGAGCGCAUCACACACUACUUCAUUGACCUGAACAAGAAGGAAAACAAAAACUCAAACAAGUUCAAACACAAGGAUGUCCCUACCAAGCUGGUAGCCAAGGCAGUGCCCCUGCCCAUGACGGUUCGGGGCCACUGGUUCCUGAGCCCACGCACAGAGUAUACCGUGGCUGUCCAAACCGCAUCAAAACAGACUGACGGCGACUACGCCAUCUCCGAGUGGAGUGAGAUCAUAGAGUUCUGCACUGCUGAUUAUUCUACAGUGCAUCUAAACCAGCUGUUGGAGAAGGCAGAGGUUAUCGCCGGCCGGAUGCUGCGUUUCUCUGUCUUCUACAGGAACCAGACUAAAGAGUACUUUGACCAUGCCAGGGAGGCACAGAACAACAGGAUGCUCCAGUCAGUGAAAGACAACAGUGGCAGCCAUGGCUCACCCAUCAGUGGCAAGCUGGAGGGCAUUUUCUUCAGCUGCAACACAGAGUUCAACACAGGCAAGCCUCCGCAGGACUCCCCGUACGGCCGCCAGCGCUUUGAGGUCCGAGCUGACCUACUCUUCAACCCCGACACCAACCUGUACUUUGGAGACUUCUACUGCAUGUAUACUGCCUACCACUACGUUAUUCUGGUCCUGGCACCAAAGGGCUCCGUAGGUGACGAGUUCUGUAAGCAGAGGCUUCCUGCGCUAGACAUCACCAACAAUCGCUUCCUUACCUGCAAGCAGGAUGAGGGUGACGGCAGUCUGGUGUUCCACCACGCCCAGGAUGUUAUCCUGGAGGUGAUCUACACGGAGCCCGUGGACCUGGCAAUAGGCACGGUGGCGGAGAUCAGCGGGCACCAGCUGAUGAGCAUGUCCACAGUGAAUGCCAAGAAGGACCCGAGCUGCAAGACCUGCAACAUCAGUGUGGGGCGCUAAGGCCGAAUGUAGAAGAGGGAGGGAAGGACUGGAGGUGACUGACCUUUAAACACACACAGGAAGUCCACAUGUACUGAUGAAGCAGACCAACACAUGCAUGAAGCAGCAGAUUUUGUAGGCUCCCAGACAUGCACACUGACAUAUCUCUGACACCGCUCUGUACUCUGAACCAUCAUUCCCUAAGAAGAGUGGAGGAAAGGUAAACACUUUUCACUCACCUGCACUGCUGUCUCAUCUGAAAAGGGUUACCCUAAAUGUUGAAAACAUAAAUAAAACAUAAAGAUUUCCCAACUGAGACACCAACAACACAUCCAUCCAUCCUUCAAGUCAACACAGGCGUACUGACUAAACCCUUUAACUGUACUAACGUGGGCUGCUUCAAUCCAAUUUCCUGUUACUUUAAAACACUUGUCCCAUAUUUUAUUAAUGACCUUUGCCUUGUUAUUAUUGAUGUACUGAUGAUCGACUGUCCACUGUCUUGGUGGACAAGGAUUUUGUUGUUUCCAGUUACUUUGACCGUCGUUUUAGAAAUGUUUUCUUCUCAUUCCACAGUAGAUGAAUUCAGACUUUUUUUUUUUACCUCCUACUAGUGGCACAGACUGGUACUACAAUUUUCUAGGGCUGCAGCAUCAAUAGUCAUCUUCCUUUAUACCAAAGGUGUUAAAAACAAGACGUGAAACCGCUGUGGAAUCUUAACACUAUGAAUGCAACAGCCUCUAAAAUGUGUUUUCACUAAGACUUUGAUGACCAAGUGUGAACUACUUGUUAACCUUUAAAAAAAAAGCAUGAUGCAGCUCUGUGCAGCAUGAGUUUGAAAGCUGUCAGUACCUCUACCAUAGCAACCUUUUCUGCAACAGUCGCUCUUGUUUUACUGUAGUCUGUGGAAAGAAAGAAAGUAGAACCAUAAACUGUGUUUAGCAGAAUAAAUGUGAAAAAAUAUUUAUUUUUAUCGAUACAUUCAUAUAUAUAUUAUCUAUAUAUAUAGAAAAUUAUAUAAACCAGAAGUGCACAAUGUCACAAGCUCUGAUCAUUGUCAACAACAGCAUUUAGGGGGAAUUAUCUUCAUACAGGCAAAAUAGGGGGGAUAAACACUAAUAAUUUGACAGCUGAUAGAACUUGCACUACAAUGCCAACAUCCACACGCUAUUUUCGAAGGUGAACAUGUCAAUUGAGUGGUCACAUUUUAGAUCAACUGACAUUUUGAAUGCAUAUCAUAGCACAAUGUAGGACUAAAAAACUGACAUGCACAAACACGACAGGAUUGUCUCAUUGAUUGCAUUUAAGCUUACACAUUUUUUUGCCAAGAUAG